AUGAACAUCCGAGUCAUGUAUUGGCUGAGACUGUUUCAGAGUCAUUACCCUCAAAUUUGGUACAAGCAUUAUUCUCCUGAGGACAAUGAGAUUGCACCUCCCUUUGAGAUUGGUCUGCCUUUAUCAUGUUCCCAUAUCGACGUGCUGUUUUAUUUUUUGAGGGAGAAGCAAAAGUCGAGGUCUAAUGUGAGAUGCACCACUGCUGACAAUAUCUUUGAUAGACGCAUGCAAAGUUUGUAUGCUUCAUAUUUGUCGACUUCUGAUGCUGAAAAGUUUUUAAAAGGGGACGCUUUGAUUUUUGAUUAUAUGCGGGGUAAGAAGAUUUUUAUGGGUACUCCUUGGAGUGAAGUUGACGACGUUUUAUUUCCUAUUCAUGUGGGAAAUAGUUGGCAUUGGAUAUUGGCGCGUUUAUCGUUCAAGGAUAGGUGCAUUUAUAUAUACAACUCUAAAAAGUCACCUAUUCUCAACCGAACGGCGGCUGAAGUGGUUAUGGGGUAUUGUGUCCUGAUUCCAAGGUUGUUAGUCAUGGGUAAUCUACUAUCGUCUAUCAAAGCUAUUGAUUUGUCUUCUCCUGCUUAUGUUGGGAAAACCAAAUUUGAACCUUUUGCUUUGUCUCAAGUUGAUGGCUUACCAACACAAUCUGACAGUGAUUGUGGUGUAUUCGUGGCUGCAUUUGCUGAGUAUAUCAUCGAAGGGAGGAAGGUGCCUUUGCGUAUCUCGAUUGAAAAUAUGAGGUCUAGAUAUUGUACUUUGUUGUAUGCUCACGCACUGUCAAAGCAACCACCAAUGGAGGAAACCAAUACUCAAGCUGCACCAACUGUAGAAGAAGGACGAGGGAAAAGGAAGAAGAUCAAAGCAGAGAUUAAAGACAUUGGAGCUGAAUCAAAGGUUGAACAAGACAGGGGGAAAAGGAAGAUUAUCAAAAUAGAGAAUAAGUGCUCAUGA